AUGCAAUAUUCAGGUAUGGGCUGUUUCUGGGGAGCCGAGAGGAAGUUUUGGAGACAGAAGGGAGUCUACUCCACUCAAGUGGGUUAUGCAGGAGGGUAUACUCCAAAUCCUACCUACAAAGAGGUCUGUUCAGGUAAAACUGGCCACACAGAGACUGUACGAGUAGUAUAUCAGCCAGAAAACAUCAGCUUUGAGAAACUGCUCAAGGUCUUCUGGGAGAAUCACGACCCGACACAAGGAAUGCGACAAGGUAAUGACUUUGGCACACAGUAUCGCUCAGCCAUCUACACGUUUUCUCAGGAACAGAUGGAAGCUGCCUUGAGAUCUAAGGAAGAAUAUCAAAAGCCGUUUUGCCAGUUCAGUACCAGUGAAAGCAAAUUCUUCCUUGGGCAGCAGCACCGAGGACCUGUCAAAUGCGCUCGAGCAGUUGGGUCUGUGCGUGCUCCGGAGGACACCCUCCAGCCCUGCCCGAGGCAGCGCUUGCAAGUCCCGGCGCAGGGCAGGGCUCUUCUCGGGGGUGAGCCUCAGAGGGUGCGCUGGAGAUGCUCAAGGAGAUUCGCGAUGUCAGGCGAGGCGGCAGGAUCGGGUCCCCGAAGCGUUUUAGACGGGCUGGCUGUCUUUGCAAGCGGGUGCAAAAGCAGUGGCGGAUUGUGA